UCAUUAUAAUAUCUUUACUAAGUAAACUAAGCAAUACCAUUAAUUUUCUGGACACAAAUGACGUAAACCAUCAAAUUAGCAAAAGAAUAUUUGGUGUAGUAGACGAUUUAUUUAUUUCCUUGAAAAUCAACCAAAAGCUUAUUCAACCCAAGGAUCAUGAUGCAUACAUGAUUAUGCAUAAUUUCGUAGAGAACAAGCUUCUCAAAAACUAUGAGAAAUAUAAAGAAAUGUAUAGUAAUAUUACAACAAAUAUAACCGCUGAAAUGGCCGAUAAUAUUGCCGGUGUAAACGAAGUUAUUGAUGAGAUGAUAAGAGAAUAUGGAGGCACACAUAACGAUACUCAUAACGAUGAAAACAAGAGUCUACGGCUAGAGAACAUCGCAGAUUUAACAAAUAUCGCUGAAUCACAUGCCAAAAGGCAAACACUCACUCCAAAUGAUUAUACAGUAUGGAAUGCAGACAAUUCAAGCCAAGAGAUAGAGAGUCGGAGGAUCUUCAAAGGUACCAGCACAGGUAUAGCUCGGUACCCAUUCAUGGUUAGCGUCCAUGUGGGAGGCCUUUUCGUGUGCUCUGGAUCCCUGCUGCAUGAGAGCUUGGCUAUCAGUGCUGCCUCCUGUCUUAUGAGAACUUUCGAUAAUACCAAGCUCAGGAUUCAAAUACGGGUCGGCAGCGACUUCGUGACUAAAAUGGGUUACCUGGUGAACAUAGACAGACUUUUCAUCCAUCCAGACUUUGACCGGUCGACCCUGACGAACAAUUUGGUCAUGCUCAAAGUUAAGAAGGCGUUGCGAUUUCAAGCUAAAAAGGUGGUGGCUGUGAAGUAUGACAAGUUUGAUAACAUUAGCGUGAUGAAGAAGAUUAAGGAUGUCUUGAUUUUGGGGUGGGGGAGGAGGGAUCCGUCAGAAAAAGAAGAAAUGGAAGAUCGACCGAUAUCUCGGGCACGUCUAAACAUCUAUGACUUGGAAGAAUGCAAAUACAUUUACACUAAAGAAUAUGUGUCGGAAAGUAAUUUUUGCGCUGGAUUUGUUGAUCGCGGUGAAGGAGCCUGCAAUCAUGACGGCGGCGGCCCAGCGUUGGCCGGCAGCCUGCUAACAGGCGUCAUAAGCUUCGGUUCCCCUUACUGCGGACGCGUCGACGCGCCAACAGUCUUCACUCGUCUAGGAAUGUACGCUGACUGGAUUGACAGGGUCUUGGACAGCGUUUCGCUCGCCUCUGGUAAGCAUGAAAAUCCACACUCGUUUCAAAUUCCUGGUUCCAUUGAAGUUGGAAUCCCAAGUGCAGAAUUUGAUAAGAUGGAUUUAGAACUAGAAAACCCUCGAGAAAUAUUGCAAAAAGAAUUCGGUUUGAAAAAUAUACUUAAUGGGCCCAUAGACAAACAUGCAAAUGGGACAGAACCCUCUAAAGAAAACGAAGGUGUAGAAAUUCGGAAACCAGAAUCGCUACGCAUGCCAACGACUCGUGAUACUUUCUCUGAGUACGAAGACCCAAUAGAGUUUUCUGAGGAAUCAGAUGAUUCUGAGGAUUCCGAUGCACCUGCAACUAUAAUACCGGAAAAUUUAAAAAAACAUAAAAGAGUGAAAGAUACGGAUGAAGAAACUGAUCCAUUUACUAAUUUUAUGAAGAAGGUUUUUGAAAAAAGUAACGUUCGAUUCGAAGAUCCUGAACCUGGAGUUUUGGAGUCAAAAGAGUGGUAUGAAUUUGAGAUUGAUGAAACAGGACCCCCUACUGCAGCUCCAGCUCGAACUAAAUAUUAUAAGGAAGGGUCAACGACCCCACACGAGCUAACCGCGAUAAGAAUACUUAACCGAAACCGAGGCAAAGACGUUCAAACAUCAAGAGAAUCCCUCAGGUCCCCAAGAGUGUUCGAUCUUCAAUAUCAAAUAGAUAUCAGACCUGUUUCUAUGCUAAGAGCUAGCAGAAUGGGUCAAAAUAAAUCGGUUGUUAUCUUGACUAAUAGCGGAACUACUCAACGUAUCAAUGUAAAAAAUACAAACAAAUUAGAUAUGAAACUUACCAAUGGAAUUGCUGAAUUAAUAGAACAUAUUAAUGAUGUGCCGCUAAAAAAGAAUGGCACAUUAAAAAAAUCUUUUUCUUUCAAGUCGUCAUUUUGAUGCUGUCAAAUCUAACAAAAGUUUAACAUUUAAAAAUGCUAUCACUAGGUAAAAGGUAUAGCCGAUCUUGUUAAUGAUAAAAAUACUAAAAAACAUUUUUGUGGUACCCUGAUGACACUAAUGGUAUUAUAAUUAUGUCAUGUUUUAUAAAUAAAGAUAAUAAAACUAUUUUUGGGAACAACUUUUUAUUGUUUUAUAUGAAACAACAAUUCAACAUAAAUUCAAACAAUAGCCACUGAGCGUUGUUAAGACAUGUAACAUGUAGGUAUAUAUGAACAUAUAUCACUUUACGUAUCUAUACAAUAUUAUAUAGAAUAGGAUUCUCUUAUUACGAGUACAUUAUUAUAUGAAACACGGGACUUAAUAGCUUGUAAAGCGCAUGGCUGCACUGAGAGAAAAUACUUACAACCAGUUUUCAUGUUCGUUCAACGAGUUUUUUGGUUAAAAUAGCGCCUACGUGCUCUUUGGUUCAAACAACAAACUACUUGUCAUUUGAAUCGGCAAUGUAUUUGA